CUGCACAUGGCGUGGGAUUUAAGCAGAUGAUGCCCUCGGCCCUUUGCCCGGACGACUUGUUUCUCCUUUCCCUCUCCAUCCCAAUCUACCUCCGAGUCGUGUGCAUCCUGUACUCUCUCUUUCUUUGUCGACUGUACCUUCAUUUCUCCGAGCUGGCACUCGUUAUUCCAACCCGAACGCAUAAUCCAGGUUUCCGGUCCUUUGUUACGCAUCCUCCAAGCCGUCUCGCCAUCAACAUAAUCAACAAGUCAUCAAGAUGAGAUUCACCGCCGCUCUCGCUCUCGCCGCCGUGCCUGCCGCCCUCGGCAAGGCCAUCAACAAUGUCUUCCCUGACGUCGAGGAGCGCAGCUCCCACCAGGUCGCUGGCAAUGCCGGACAGGUCGUCCCCGGCCUGACCGUGCCCGCUGGCGCUCAGGUCAUCGUCAUCUGGGCCAACCCCGGUGGUGUAGCUGCUACCACCACGAUCAACCAGGCCAUCACCGUCACCCAGACUGUCACUGCUGGUGCCACAAACACCGCCGCUCCCGCCGCGCCUCCGGGAGCCAUCCCUACGCACCACGUCACUGUCGGUGGUACCGCCGGCCUCGUCUUCACCCCUGCCGAGAUCCAGGCUGCUGUCGGCGACAUGGUCGUCUUCACCUUCCUCAGCAAGAACCACACUGCCACUCAGUCCUCGUUUGCCAAGCCCUGUGAGCCUCUUGCUGGUGGCCAGGCGUCUGGUUUCCAGCCCAACCCCGAUGACAGCAUUGUCCCUGCUCCCCAGGUCGCUAUGCAGGUCAUGACCACUGAGCCUCUGUGGUUCUUCUGCAACCAGCCCGGCCACUGUGGAAAGGGCAUGGUCUUCUCCGUCAACCCCACUGCCGAGAAGACUCACGCUGCUUUCCAGGCUGCUGCUAUUGCCCAGGCCGGCAAGGGUGCGUCCAGUCCCAUCACCGGCGGCGCCCCCGUUGCGCCCCCUGCCGCCGCUGCUCCUGCCAAUGGCACUGCUCCUGUCGCGCCUCCUGCCGAGUCCGCUGCUCCUGGUGGCGCUACCGGCACCAUUGAGACCGGCACUGGCACCAUCCAGGACGGCCAGUGCAUCUGCGCUGUCCAGUGCUCGGCCGCCAACUUCCCUGCUGCCGAUCUCCAGGGCCGGGGCAACUUUGGCGGCUUCGCCGGCGCUCUCCCCGCUUCGAUGAUGGAGGCAUAGAAAAAAGAAUGUAUAGACUUCUCUUGUUCAUUGUAUGCUACCCGGAGUGGUAGCCCACUCCGGUGAUGGGAGUUCUUUAUAUAUUCUUUUUUCUCUCCUUUUUUACAUUUUCGCCAUCAUCAUUCUGUCUCGCAUUUUUUUGAGGAAGACCUGGGACGGGAAGACGCUGAUUGAUACCACGGGAAACAUUGGGAUGACCGAAUCUUUUUAUGGACAGAGGACGAGCAGCAGAUAGAAUUUUGUGGACUGUGGACGAACCCCCUCGUGUACACAAAGCACUCAAGAAGGGAGACGUUAAUAUGCUGGACCGUAUUAUCUGGAGAGAGAUGGAGGGCAAGGAAAGCGGAUUCGUUGUUCUUGGAUUGGAAUCAAAAAAAACUUAAUUCACACAUUUUUUUGGGAUGCAAAAAAAAA